CAUUUCCGGUUUAAAUCCAUUCUUUUUUUAUUUUAGUAAAAUCGCUUUAUUUCUAUUCCUGUAGUAUAUUAUGGUUGUAAAUAUGGAUGAUGAGAAAGAAAGGACUCUGUACUGCGGUAAUCUCGACGAAAAUGUGACCGAAGAGCUACUAUAUGAGUUGUUUUUACAGAUGGGACCAUUAGAUAGAAUACACAUACCCAAGGAUAAAGUCACACAGAAACAAAAGCAGUUUGGGUUCAUCACUUUCAAGUAUGAAGUUUCUGUGCCAUAUGCCAUUGAAAUGUUAAAUGGAAUCAGAAUGUUUGGAAAAAAUCUCAGGAUUAAACCCCGAGGUAGCGAUGUAGCACCAAAUAGGGGUUCCAAUGGUCCUGGUAUGGCGCCGCAUGGUCAGAUGAUGCCACCCCAACCAGGCCUCCCUAAAUCUAGCACAUGGCCCAAUAUGGCACAGGCCCAGAAUGCUAACCAGGGCUAUAGCAAUAAUAGUCCAACAAACAGUGGCAAUAACACACCUGAGUAUCGACAUGAUUACGAUGAUCGACAAUCAGAUAGAGAUAACCGCCACAAUAGAAGAGAUAGUCGUCGCAGUAGUCGUGAUACAGAUCGUGAUUACAGAAAUGGACCUGAUAGAAAUAGCCGGAACAGUCGAAGAGAAAGUGAUGAUCGCAACGGUCCAUAUGAACAGUCCCGAACAAAUAGGAAUCACAAAAGGCAGGGUAGUGAUACUAUGUACAUACAGUCUACUGAUAGAGCCAGUAGGUUUGACCAACCCCCUCAGGAAUCCCUUGUUAGAUCAGAUAUUGAUCAACAACGCGAACGUGUUUUGGCCCAGCAGAAUGCAAUGUUAGCGAUGCAUCAAGUUCAGCAGCAGCAAAUGAUGUCUAGGGGUGGGUAUAACACAGCACAACAACAGCCAUGGCAACAACGGCAAUUUGGCCAACAACAGCCUCCACUGCAACCAUGGCAACAACAGAGUUAUAGACACUGAGUUCAUUUCUAAAUGGCUCAGUUACUCACACAGAGAAAGUGUCUCAACUAUGUCUUAUGCAACUUUGUAUUGGAUGAAUAUAAUAACAUUAGUUUUAGACGUAAACAAUUUACAAUGCAUGAAUGAUAUUCAUGUUUUUCCUGGUUUUGUAGAUGUGUUUAUAAAUUAUAUAUUAUUGAUGAGAUUUUGAGAAAUAUUUGUGCUUUGGAAUAUUGAAUGCAAAUUGAACUUUGUUCAAUAUUGCCAUUUUAGUGACAAUUUCUGCCUCAUUGAUAAUCUUGUAGUAAGUGAAAAUCCAGAUUGCAUAGUAACUUGUAACCGUUGUAGGUAAGCUUAAAAUAAGAUGGCCGAGGCCUGUGCUUACUGUUACUUUAGUUAAUUUGGCACUCUUUAAAGGAAUUCCUGACUCAAUCCUCAGUCUAAACCUGGCUUUUAAAGAUUCAACAGCCGACUUUGAAUGGACCUUCAUUUAGAUAUGGAAAAGAGAAUCACCAGUGGUUUUAAACCAUGCAAUCAUCUCUAUAGCCAGAAAUGUUUUUAAGAAUCAGAGAUUUAUGAAAA